AUGUCUGACUUUCGUCACGAAAUAAUUCAUAGUAGUGGUACGUAUUCAAAUCGUCCAAGAUGGUUGUCAGCUCUUAAGGGUAAAACCAGAAAAAUCAACAAUAAUAACAAAAAACAACUGAGAAGUUUUCCGUUUGUUUGUCUCAGCGAAGAUGAAAAAAAAACUAAAACCGAAUCUUUAGCUCAUUACCAAAUGGCUUCACUUGCACGUUUUUCAUUAACAUCAUCAUCGGCUUUAUGUCGUUUAUUGAUCAGUCGUAACGCUGGUCUUGUCCAACAACAUUUACCCUCGAUGAUUAUUCCAACUGCUACACAACAACGAUCAAUUACCACUACACCCAUCCGUCGUGAUAUUGAUUCAGCAGCUAAAUACAUCGGAGCCGGUGCUGCUACUGUCGGUGUAGCUGGUGCUGGUGCAGGUAUUGGAACAGUAUUCGGUUCACUUGUAGUAGCCUAUGCCCGAAAUCCAAGUUUAAAACAACAACUCUUCUCCUAUGCUAUCUUGGGUUUUGCUUUAUCCGAGGCUAUGGGUCUCUUCUGUCUUAUGAUGGCUUUCAUGUUAUUGUUUGCUUUCUAG